GGGGCCUAGGGAGUGAGCGCGGCGCAUCUCCCGCUAGGAGUUCCUAGUAAAGUGGCGGGAGCCGCAGCUAUGGAGCCACAGGAGGAGACAGAAAUGCAGGUUGCUGCGUGGUUAAAAAAAAUAUUUGGAGAUCAUCCUAUUCCGCAGUAUGAGGUGAACCCACGGACCACAGAGAUUUUACAUCACCUUUCAGAACGCAAUAGGGUCCGGGACAGGGAUGUCUACCUGGUAAUAGAGGACUUGAAGCAGAAAGCAAGUGAAUAUGAGUCAGAAGCCAAGUAUCUUCAAGACCUUCUCAUGGAGAGUGUGAAUUUUUCCCCCGCCAAUCUCUCUAGCACUGGUUCCAGGUAUCUGAAUGCUUUGGUUGACAGUGCGGUGGCCCUUGAAACAAAGGAUACCUCGCUAGCUAGUUUUAUCCCUGCAGUGAAUGAUUUGACCUCUGAUCUCUUUCGUACCAAAUCCAAAAGUGAAGAAAUCAAGAUUGAACUGGAAAAACUUGAAAAAAAUCUAACUGCAACUUUAGUAUUAGAAAAAUGUCUACAAGAGGAUGUCAAGAAAGCAGAAUUGCAUCUGUCUACAGAAAGGGCCAAAGUUGAUAAUCGUCGUCAGAACAUGGACUUUCUAAAAGCAAAGUCAGAGGAAUUCAGAUUUGGAAUCAAGGCUGCAGAGGAGCAACUUUCAGCCAGAGGCAUGGAUGCUUCUCUGUCUCAUCAGUCCCUAGUAGCACUAUCAGAGAAACUGGCAAGAUUAAAGCAACAGACUAUACCUUUGAAGAAAAAAUUGGAGUCCUAUUUAGACUUAAUGCCGAAUCCAUCUCUUGCUCAAGUGAAAAUUGAAGAAGCAAAGCGAGAACUAAAUCUUGCUGUGUCCUCCAGACUAGAGUGCAGUGGUAUUAUCUUAGCUCACUGCAACCUCCGCCUCCCAGGUUCAAGCGAUUCUCAUGCCUCAGCCUCCCGAGUAGCUGGGAUUACAGGAUAGCAUUGAAGCUGAACUUACAAGAAGAGUAGACAUGAUGGAACUGUAACAAGAACCAAAUAAACAUCCUUUUCCCUAACAAAGUAAAUCGAAUAGGACUUUACAGAGUUCUUUUUCCUCUUGGCAUUUCCUAAUAACAGAAUUUUCUGUGUUCCUAGAUUACAGAAUAUCAUAAUUGAUAGAAUAUGGUUUCUUACUGUGUGUUGCAUUUUUGUGCCCAAAUACAUAGUUUUCAUAUUAAAAAGCCUUUUCUCUUA